GAGCCGGCCAAUGGCAGCGCGCUGCUGGGCGAGGGGGCGGAGCUCCGCUGCCGGGCCCGGGUGGGCGUGGCCGUGCAGUGGUCCAGGGGCGGGCUCAUGCUCGGGGCCACGCCCACCCGCGCCCACCCUCGCUACCGAUUGGCCGGAGACCCCGCCAGAGGUGAGCACCACCUGCGGAUCCGGCCGGUGACGCUGGAGGACGAUGACGUCUUCACCUGCCAGGCGGGGGAGGGGAACGGCACCCGCAGCUCGCGGCCCGCCCAGCUCAGCGUGCUGGUCCCUCCCAGUCCCCCCCAGCUGGAGCUGCUGGAGGGGGCGGAGCUACCGCUGGUGGGCGGGGCCGAGGUUCAGGUUCGCUGCCACGCCCACGAUGCUCGCCCCGCCCCCGAGCUGGAGCUGCGCCUGGGGGAGGAGCCCCUUCCCGACGUCUCCUCCCGGGUGUUCGAGGGAUCCCACCCCAAACUGAGCUCCAGCGAGGCCACGGCCAGGCUGACCCCCGGCCCCUCGGACCACGGGCGGCUCCUGCUCUGCUCGGCCUCCAACGCGGCCGGAGCGGCUGCGGCCACGGCCGGACUGCGGCUGGACAUCGCCGUCCCUCCCAGUGCUCCCAGUAUCGAGGGGCUGCCCGCACUGGUCCGGGCGGGGGAGGAGCUGCGGCUGCUCUGCGUCACCAGAGGGGGGCGCCCUGCGCCCAGCCUGCACUGGGACAAGACCAGUAUAAACCAGUACGGGCAGGUAUAA